UAAUGUAUAUCUACCAAAGUUUUACAGCAGCAUAGUGACAGAUCUACACAGAACAGUAAGCAGUGAAGUUAAGUGCAGCUAAGGUUUGUUAGAUGUCCGCAGAUAUUUAUGUCAAUGCAGAUAUGUCAAAGAAGGUGAGAUACAACAGAAAUGUGCAGAAGUACAAAGAAAAGUGUGAGGAAAGGGAGGUGGUAAUAUACGAGACCCCAGACGCUAUCAGAGAUGAUCACAUUGAUAAUCAGUCACAUGGAGGAGGACCAGACACUGAGAGGCAUCCUCCAGCUGUCCAAAGGAAGACUUUCAGGGCUGCAGCACUCUUUCUGGCAGUGCUCUGCUUUCUGAUGAUGACUGGAAUCAUCCUCUUAUUCGUAUACUUCAUUUUGCUGCAGACCAGACACGAGGUGCUGCAGACCAGAUACGACCAACUGAGCAACAACUACAGUCAGCUCCAGGGGGAAGUUUCAGAGAAGUGCUGUCCUGAUGGAUGGACGACAUUUGGACGCAGUUGUUACUUCAAAUCUAAAGAGAAGAAUACUUGGGAUGGAAGCAGAGCUGACUGUCAGCAGAUAGGAGCAGAUCUGGUCGUCAUAAACAACGAAGAGGAACAGAAGUUUGUCUCUGAGCUGAAUAAGGAUGGAGAGUCCUGGAUUGGUCUACGGAAUAUAGGGACAUACUCAUACUCAGAAUGGAAAUGGGUGGACGGAUCACCACUGACCAAAACGUUCUGGGCAGCAGGACUGACUCGCAAUGAUGAUCACCUGUUCGCUGCUUCAUGCUGCGAUCAACAAAAAAGGAACAAUGUACAUAAGGUAGAAUAG